AUGGGGAGGAGUGUGCCCGCGGGUGCCGUCGCCGGCAGCAAGAAGGCGUCGUGGCCGGAGGUGGUGGGCUGGCCGGCGCACGACGCAGCGCUCCAGAUCAGCAAGGACAGGCCUGACGUCUCCAUCUCCUUGUACAUAGGCACGGGCCCCUGGCCGCCGGGCCCGCACCCCUGGCGUGUCGUCGUGGUGUCAGACGCGGCGACCGGCGUCGUCGUCCAGACGCCCGUCGUCGGUUAG